AUGGGGCCGUUUUGCACAAGCCAGGGGCCGAGAAGUACUUUCGGCUUUGGAUUUACCCUUGCACAGCACCGUCGGCACGAUGUCGAGAGCACUUCCUGUCCUGCAUCAGAGCGCCGUCGGCACGACCCCAUGCUCCCAGAGCAGAGGAGGCCCCCGUUGCUCAUCCCUUGCAUGACCCAGAGAUACAGCAGCGCCAGUGUGGAGCGGCCUCUUGGCAAAUUGCGCAACGCAUCGGCUUCCCUCAAUGGGGCCGCUUUGCACAAGCCAGGGGCCGAGACGGCUGAGAAGUAUACUUUCGGCUUCGGAUUGACCCUUGCACAGCGUCGUCGGCGCAAUGACAACUGCAGUUUGUCUCUGGCACCUGAGCUCCAGCUGCGCGACCACUUCAUGGGGAUGCAUGGUCCAGCAUUGGGGCCAGCAGAGCCGGCACCCAAUGUUAAUGUGAAAGUUGUAUCACUGCGAGGUGGCCAAAAUCUGACCCUUGCAUCAACGCUCCGUCGGCACGACCCCUUGUUCCAUGAACAGAGGAGGCCUCCGUUGCGAAUCACUUGCAUGGUUGAUUGUCCAGCCUUGUCACCGCGGCGCGAAGGUGCUUGGGUUAGUUGGUAG